AUGUUUGACGGAUUCGAUAUAUUCACCAUAACAACGCAGGUUGAGCCACAUGUCUCAAUCUUCGGCAUUCGAAGCGGCGAUGCCUCGUCAGCGAAGCGCCCGCCUUUACUGCUUCUUCACGGCUUUCCCCAGAGCCACCAUAUAUGGCACGAGGUUGCAAUGCAACUAAGAGACACAUACAACAUUGUCAUCAUCGACUUGCGGGGAUAUGGAAGCUCAUCGAAACCGGAAGAUGUGUCGCAGUAUGCAAAGAGUUUCAUGGCUCGGGAUUGCAUAAAAGUGAUGGACGAGCUUGGCAUCACUGGCUCAUUCUUUAUCUGCGCUCAUGACCGCGGCGCGAGAGUAGCGCAUAAACUGUGCGUCGACUACCCAGACCGCGUUCGCAAAGCCAUAUUCCUCGAUAUAUGUCCUACUCUAGAGAUGUAUACGGUGAGAAAUCCGAACUUUGCGAAGAUGUACUGGCACUGGUACUUUCUGAUUCAACCAUCGCCGCUGCCUGAGACGCUCAUAUCUGCAAGUCCUCGGCAAUUUGCGGAAUUGUUUAUGGGAGGACGGCAAGCAAGCGGUCUUGCAAUAUUCGAUAAGGAGAGUCUAGAACAUUAUGUCUCUCAUCUCGGAGAUCCAGAAACGAUACAUUCGAUGUGUCAAGACUAUCGAGCGAGCGCUACAUUGGACCUUGACGAGGCACGAGAGGAUAUCAAGCUGGGGAGGUUGAUGAAAAAUCCCUUGCGAGUCUUAUGGGCUAGGCAUGGAGUUAUCGGAAAGCAUUUUCAUGCGGUCAAGGAUUGGAAGGCUGUCAGCGAUGCUGAGGUUGAUGGACAUGAUGUUGAUUCUGGGCACUAUCUUCCGGAAAAUGUGCCAGAUGAGGUUGUGGCCAAUAUUCUAGAGUUUUUGCAGUGA